AUGAACAAGGUGAAUGUGUACAACAAGGGUUGCUUGAGGAACUUCCUGGAAGUGUUCUGCAGCAAGACCAAGCCUUCCAGGAUCAAUUUCCGGGCUUACGUACAAGAAGAGCAGCAGACGCAGCAGCAACAACAACAUUGUUUCCCAGCGAUGCAGGUAAGGGAAGCAGCGAAUCGAGAGAGUGGAGAUGGUGGGGAUGAUCGUCGGGUGAAGGUGGAGGACAACUUGGAGAUCGAUAAGGACUUCAUGAAGAUCUCAGAGAGGCAUAUUGCCAUAGAAGAUGGAGCAUAA